UCACGAGACAACAUUCCUCUUGUUGACAAGAAGAUCCCGAAGUUGUCGUCUGCUGUACAAACAGGCCGGUUUUAUAAUCCGUGGAUGGGACAGUAAGUGUAUGUACGACUUCCACUCGUAGCCAACGCUAGUGCAUCAUGACAUCAAAACAUUUCCUCAGCUUGGUGCUCGUGAUUCUGCUGAGUGCCUCCAGUAUGGUACAGGUCUCAGCAGAAACCUGCGCCGAGGUAUGCGAGGAAUGUCUGGCGGAUACGGAAGUGACGCAGGGUGAUAUCAACGGGACGGCAUGCGCGGAGGAAUGUUUGAAGAACAUACACCUAGGCACUGAUAACAAACAGUUCAUCAGGGCACCCAUGUGGAAGAAGUGUUACACACUGAUACACGAACUGAGAAGUAAGCAGGGUCCAUACCUGAUCAUGGACUCAGAGCCGCGCACACAGACAUGGAAACCGGCGCUCGCCGUCUGCUCCGUCACGGUGCUGGUCGCCUUCAUCGUUAUCGCCAUGGUGACCAUCAAGGUCUGCGUACGGCGAGCCGUCCUCCGGAAACACGGCGGUCGUCAACCUACCAGCCCGAACGGCACCAUGACAAGUACUGCACUGAUGGCAAAUAUGGAAGAGGAGGAAACGCAAAAGGCCAGGCCUGACGACGUUCAAACAGUCUGAUGGGGCAAACCGUUUUCUGGACAUCCGCUGAGCUUUUGUUAUCGUCGUAGUCGUCUCCAUAUGGCUAAUUUACUUCUAAUAAACUCGUAUUUUCCAAGAACUAUCGUAGAGUGGAAGUCGUUGCCACCAAGCACAGUUGGGGCAU